AUGGCCAGCUCCCUCCCCGCCACUCAAUAUUUAUCCUUAGACUUAAUGAUGGAGGCCUGCGAGUUUCUCUUUGGACUAACCCAUGAUAUAAUAGAUAUCAUUAUUGAAAUCAACGAAGAUGUGGGUGAGACAAAAGACCAACGUUCUUUGGUUAGUUCUUUGGUUGAUUUGUACUUAAAAAGUACCACUGCGACCUUAAAUUUAUUCAAUACCGUGGAGAAUCUCGUUGAGAGAGCAAAAACUAGGCAGCAUAUCAUUCGAAAUGCGGUAAAACAGUUUGAAGCAGAGGACACGGAUGUGGGAGGAAGUAAGAAGAAGAAGUAUGCGAAAACAUUAGAGGAGCUAAACAAGUUUGAAGCCACGGGAGAUCCUCUUGGUGAAGAGUUCUUCCCAGUUUACAAAUCUGUCGUCGAUCAGCAAAUUAAGCUUCUGGAGCACUUGUGUGAGCAGAAGUUAAAUCUUGAUAAGAAACUGAAGAAAGCGAAUAUAUUGAAGAAAAUAUCGUAUGUGGUUUUAGGGGCUGCGGCCUCUGUUGUUAUUGUAAUCGCACUGAUAAGUCCUCUAGCUCCUCAGAUGGGUCGAAUGGCUCAAAUAUGGCACCGACCAAAGGCAGCUACACGAGUAUCGGUUAGCGAGAUGUUGGCCAAGUACGAGAACAAUGUGAAGACAUACAAAGCUUUGCUUAUAUCGGCGGAAAAGAGUAUGGAAGUCAACAAAGAAGCGACGGAGACCAUAAAUUCCCAAGUCAAGAAUCUAACAGGGAAACUCUCGUACAUUUUAGAGCAAGUGGACUUUGCUGUGGAAAGAGAAGAAGAAGAGGAGGCCACGAGACUUGCGAUGCAAGAAAUCAUGACGAACGUUGAGGAAUUUACAAAGAAAAUCGAAGAAGUUGGUGAAUAUGCGGCUACGUCCAGCAAAUUGAUUGUUUCUAGAAAUAUCAUGUAA